GGGGAGGGUCACAUGACCCCGCGCAGCGCGGCGGAGGCGGCUCGGCGCGGUGUGUUCGCGGCCUAGCGGCGCCUCGGGCCCUCCAGCCCGGCCUCCGGCGGCCUAGCGGCUUCUCCCCGCGCCAUCCCAGGCCCGCGCCUCUCGGAGGGGCCGCGGCGGCGCUCCGAACGCGGCUCCUGCCCCGCAGCGAGGGAGGAUUGCUUCUGUAAGAAUGUCUUUCCCACCUCAUUUGAAUCGCCCUCCAAUGGGGAUCCCAACUCUUCCCCCUGGGAUUCCACCUCCACAGUUUCCUGGCUUUCCUCCACCUGUGCCUCCUGGGACCCCCAUGAUUCCUGUGCCGAUGGGCAUUAUGGCUCCUGCUCCAACUGUAUUAGUUCCUACCACAGUGUCUAUGGUUGGAAAACACUUAGGAGUGAGGAAAGAUCACCCUGGCUUAAAGAACAAAGAAAACGAUGAAAACAGCGGUCCCACGACCACCGUUUUUGUGGGUAACAUUUCUGAGAAGGCCUCGGACAUGCUCAUACGGCAGCUUCUAGCAAAAUGUGGCUUGGUUUUGAGUUGGAAGAGAGUGCAAGGGGCGUCUGGAAAACUUCAAGCCUUUGGAUUUUGUGAAUACAAAGAACCUGAAUCCACACUACGGGCACUGAGGCUACUCCAUGACCUCCAGAUAGGAGAGAAGAAACUACUAGUAAAAGUUGAUGCAAAGACAAAGGCUCAGCUAGAUGAAUGGAAAGCAAAGAAAAAGGCCUCUAAUGGGAAUUCCAGACCAGAGACUACAAAUGAUGAUGAUGAAGCACUGGAUGAGGAAACGAAGAGAAGAGAUCAGAUAAUUAAAGGGGCCAUUGAUGUCUUAAUACGAGAAUAUUCCAGCGAGCUCAAUGCCCCCUCCCAGGAAUCUGACUCUCACCCCAGGAAGAAGAAAAAGGAAAAGAAGGAGGACAUUUUCCGCAGAUUUCCAGUGGCCCCACUGAUACCUUAUCCACUCAUCACCAAGGAGGAUAUAAAUGCUAUAGAAAUGGAGGAAGACAAAAGAGACCUGAUAUCAAGAGAGAUCAGUAAAUUCAGAGACACACACAAGAAACUGGAGGAGGAAAAAGGCAAAAAGGAGAAAGAAAGACAGGAAAUUGAAAAAGAACGCAGAGAAAGAGAAAGGGAACGGGAGCGUGAACGAGAAAGGAGAGAGCGUGAAAGAGAAAGGGAACGGGAGCGUGAACGAGAGAAGGAAAAGGAACGGGAGCGUGAACGGGAGCGAGAUAGGGAUCGUGACCGAACUAAAGACCGAGACAGAGACCGAGAACGGGACAGAGAUCGGGACAGAGAUCGUGAAAGAAGUUCGGAUCGCAACAAGGAUCGGAGCAGAUCAAGAGAAAAAAGCAGAGACAGGGAAAGAGAACGAGAAAGAGAACGAGAGCGUGAAAGAGAACGGGAGAGAGAACGGGAACGAGAACGGGAACGAGAACGAGAAAAGGAUAAAAAGAGAGACAGAGAAGAAGAUGAAGAAGAUGCCUAUGAACGCCGAAAGUUAGAGAGGAAACUGCGGGAAAAGGAAGCUGCGUAUCAAGAGCGUCUUAAAAACUGGGAAAUCAGAGAGAGGAAGAAAAGUCGAGAAUAUGAAAAAGAGGCUGAAAGAGAAGAAGAAAGAAGGAGGGAAAUGGCAAAAGAAGCUAAACGGUUAAAAGAAUUCUUAGAAGAUUAUGAUGAUGACAGAGAUGAUCCAAAAUAUUACAGGGGUAGUGCUCUUCAGAAGAGACUCCGAGACCGAGAGAAAGAGAUGGAAGCAGAUGAGCGGGAUAGGAAGAGAGAAAAGGAAGAAUUAGAAGAGAUCAGGCAGCGCCUUCUGGCAGAAGGACACCCAGAUCCAGAUGCAGAACUUCAGAGGAUGGAGCAGGAGGCUGAGCGCCGUAGGCAGCCACAAAUCAAACAAGAGCCAGAGUCUGAGGAAGAAGAGGAGGAAAAAGCAGAAAAAGAAGAAAAAAGAGAAGAACCAGAGGAAGAAGAGGAAGAGCCUGAACAGAAGCCCUGCCUUAAGCCAACAUUACGACCAAUUAGUUCUGCCCCGUCUGUUUCUUCUGCUAGUGGAAAUGCAACCCCUAACACACCUGGUGAUGAAUCUCCCUGUGGCAUUAUUAUCCCCCAUGAAAAUUCACCUGAUCAGCAGCAGCCAGAGGAGCAUCGGCCCAAAAUAGGACUUAGCCUCAAACUAGGUGCCUGCAAUAGUCCUAAUCAGCCCAAUGCUGUAAAAAGGAAGAAGCUUGCUGUGGAUAGUGUUUUCAAUAAAUUCGAUGAUGAAGACAGUGAUGAUGUGCCCCGGAAAAGGAAACUUGUCCCCCUGGAUUAUGGAGAUGAAGAUAAAAGCAACAUCAAAGGCAGUGUCAAUACAGAGGAAAAACGCAAACAUAUUAAGAGUCUCAUUGAGAAGAUUCCCACAGCAAAACCAGAGCUCUUUGCAUAUCCUCUUGACUGGUCAAUUGUGGAUUCAACGCUAAUGGAACGUCGAAUUAGACCAUGGAUCAACAAGAAAAUAAUAGAAUAUAUUGGGGAAGAAGAAGCUACACUAGUUGACUUUGUUUGUUCUAAGGUCAUGGCUCACAGUUCACCACAGAGCAUACUGGAUGACGUUGCCAUGGUACUAGAUGAAGAAGCUGAAGUUUUCAUAGUCAAAAUGUGGAGGUUGUUGAUAUACGAGACAGAAGCCAAGAAGAUUGGUCUAGUGAAAUAAAGCACUCUCCUAGCUUCUAGGGUUCCAUUUCAAUUUUUGCUUUUUUUUCCCUAUCAUCCAAGGACUUCAGACCUUCUCUGUUCUCAGAGACUUGAGACCUGUAUUUUUUUAUGUAGAAAAUGUGAAUUUUUUUUUUUGUCCUCUGCUUAGAGGCCCCUUCUGCCCUUCUCAGUUAUCUGAAAUCCUGCAUUGGUUCUCUUUAUAAUUCACCAGGUACAAUUACCGGUAUGUUUUAUAAGCUGCAGCUACUGUACACGCUCUCUGGUAAUCUUAUGUUACUUUGAUUCUUGUAAAUAUUAAAAAAAAAAAAAAAAAAAAGCCCCUCUUUUGCAAAAUAUUUGCACUUAAUAUGGAAUUAUUUUCAGUUACAGAUUUAAAUUUAAUUUAAACUAAGUGGUUAGCUGUUUUCACAGAACAGUUCUGUGUGUUUUCUGGUCUCCUUACCUAAUUCUGGAAAAGGAGUUUCCUCAGACUUCUGGUUCUGACAUGAACCAUUACUGGUAUUGGUAUAUCAUUGCCCAUUUAGCUACCAAUAAAGCUGGAAGUUGAUUUUCUGCAGAUUACUCUGCUUCUUUCCUAGGAAGUGCAAAUUGCAGGAAACUUUUAAUUUGCUCUCUCAAAGCAAGAAGAGGAUCUCAGUAAGUGCUAUUUAUUUUUUUUUUAAACCUUGCGUAUCUUUUGCUCAAUUUCAUUUUUAUCACUUCUUUAUAGUCCCUUGUCUCCAAAAUAAUUGAUUUUUUUGUUUUGUUUUUAAGAAAUAAUUUUUAAAACCUUUUUUUAGAAUGUAAGGAGGAAAGAAAACGCACAUGCUUGGGAAGCUUCAGAGUUGUAACUGAGUGUAGUAGUUGACAAAAACUAAACCGUAAGUUUUCAAACAAAGCUGGAGUCUUGUUUUUAUCCAUACUGUUAAAACUAGCCCUGACUUUUGUUUUCUACUGUAAGCAGUCUGUUGUCCACAAAAAGAGGGUUGUAUUUUACUGCCUUGUUUGUAUGGAUUUUUAUAAAUAGACUGAUGUGAUAUAAAUGAUGAGAUGUACUGUAAACUGCAUUUUUUUAUCUCAUACCCAGGUAAGAAGACAAAUCAAUAAUGUGCUAUGAACUGUUUUGAUUGCAGGAGGACUGUGUUCCAGGGAGCAAACUAUCUCAAAAACUCUUAGUUUUUAAGCGAAAUUCUUAAUAGCAAACAAAUUAAGUAAAGGUGUUCCAGCAUCUCUAUAUUGUAUUUAACUGAAGGAUACAGGUUGACCUGUUCAGAAAACAUAACUGUGACCUUGAGUUACUAGUUCUUUGUAUCUGGAGAGGAGACUUGAAAACACUGUUCUUAACAAAUGGGAUCGUGUAAAGGUUCCACCAUGUAAAUAUUUCAAAUAUUAAAAAUGUAUAUAUUUGAUUUGAGGACUGACAUGA